CCGAAACAAACGGGGAAGAAGCAGGGGCACCAGGUCUACGAGAAGGAAUCGACGGCGGAGACGUGGGUAACCAAGCAUCUUCAAACACCCAUAUGGAAAAACCAUAACCUACCUGCCAACGCAACCCACGAGAAAGUAAAUCUCGACCAUGGAGGAUACUUCACUAGCCCCACGACGGAUUUGAGCCACACGAGGCAGCCAGCAAAUUAUGAUUUGAAAUGGAUAAUUUGGAAGGGCUUUUUUUGUUGAGCCCUAUGGGCCGAGAAUGGCCAUCAACCGAAGUUGGUUUCCGAAUUGGUUAUGGAAUGGGGAAUUAACUAACUAACUAACUGGUCCAAUUGGAAAAAGGAAAGGUAAAGAAGGGAACUAGGGAAGAGAGGCAAGGCAACUGGCAACCACGAGACCUAAUUCCUUCUCUUGUAUAAAUCAUUCGGCUGCGAGACCUAAUUUGGCUUUUUCCCGGAAAAUUGAAUUGUCUAAUCGUCGUUUUUGGGUUUGUCAUGGCGUCCGAUAUGCCUGCGCAUCAGAUGUCGCUGGAGAUGGAAACGUUGGCUAUAGAAGAGAGGCGGAGGAGUCGCAACUAUGCCGCUGCUGCUGGUGCUGCGGCGGCCGCCGCCGCCGCCGAUGCCGCCGGUGUGGAUUCGGUGAAGAUGGAGAAGUGGAGGAAAAAGUUGCGCAAUCACGUGCCUAUUAUGCCCGAGGAUGCCCUGAUGGACUUGUUGGGGCCUACUAUGUAUCGGCGAGAAACAAUUUCACGGACCGAAGUACACGACGCGAUGUGGCCGAAGCGCGGAGAUGACAUCAAGUUGUACUUGGCGGCGAUGGCUGCCUCGGCGUCGAGUGGUCCUCCUCCUUCGUGAUUCUCCUCCUCCGGCUGGUGUGGUUUGGUGAUCGAAUGCACAGCGUGCUCGCUGUUACGGCUUUUUUUCCGCCUUUUUAAUCCUGUACUAUGGCUUCCAUGACUCUAUCCUUGUUAGAGACUCUGUCUCUCCCCCUCCUAGAUUAUGACUCUGUUAUUCAGUUCAAUGUAUGCUAUUGAAGUUUCUGGUGGCUUGAUCACAAUUACCUAUUUCUUUUUUCUGUUGCUGUGAGAUUUUCAGUGCUUUAAAGUUUAGACAUAUUAGCUAGCACACCUAUGAAUGUUCUGCAAUCCUACGAUCAUGACGAUCGUAAAGCCUUUUGCAGUAAAAUCUGUUGUUCUUUUGCGCCGCCUGCUUGUUUCCACUUUCUAUGUAUUUGGAUUUGUGGUUUUACUACUCAGUUCCCUUGAGUUCUUGCUUAUCUAGGCAGCAGAAGUUUGGUUCGGCCAACUGUUUUCGUACUUCCAUCCCUAGUAUGAAAACCGUAGAGAAAGGGGUUCUGAGUCCAACUAUGUGGAUGUUUAUUUUCGGAAACCUAUUACUUAGAAGAGAAUUACUUGGCACACUGGACCUGGUUACCACUGGGGAAAACACAGCUGGCUAUAGCAGAGAGGCAGAGGAGUAACAACUAUGCUGCUGCUGCCUUGGAUUUGGGGAACAUGUAGGAGCACCAGGUGUACCAGCAGAACAGAAAGGUGCGGGAGUACUUGGGCAAAGCAGCAUCAGAUAAGAAGUAGAAGAUCCCGUAGCAUGUCAGGGAGAUGCAGGAAAUGCUCGCUAGAAGGAAGGAAUUUGAAGAAACCAUUGCUAGGGAGGGGGAAGAGAAGAUGAAGAAGAACUUGCGAGUCAAGCUGAGGAGACCAAGCGCCUGAAGUAGGAAAGAAUGAAAGAGAAACUCCUGAAGAAGAAACAGGCGGGGAAAUUUUUAGACUGAAAUACAAGGAGGAACAGCGACGAUGGAAAGCUAUGAGCAAUCAAUUCUUGCCAAUAAUGCUAGUCCUGGGGUGUCUAUGGUGGACAAUGAAGCAGCACCAACGGAGAGACCAGUUACGUAAGUAAGAAGACAAAACCCCGUUGUUCACAAGCAUGAAGAUAGUGCUGCUUCUGUGGGACAAAAGGUUGAGCUUUUGAAAACAGAAACACCGCAAGUUGCUGAUGAAACCAAGAUAAAUGGAGUGGAGGAAGAAGCGGACAGUGAUGAUGAAUGGGACACUAGAAGCUCUGAUGAUGUCAACAUGUCCAAGGUGCUUUUGAAGACGAGUUUGUUUCCAAGCCUGAAACUAUUUUGAAUAUAGGUAAUGAGAUUGU